GAUUAAAAAAAAAUAAACUCGGGGGCUGCGGCAAGAGGAGCGGGGCCCGGGGGGCGCCGGAGCGUAGAGAACAGGGGCUUCCCCGAGGACUAGCCCCUCCCGCCGCCGCGCAGGAAUGAGAUGUUAAUUCUGCAGUGUUGAUGUUUUACAAUGCCUGAUCAAGACAAAAAGGUGAAGAGCACAGAAAAGGGAACAGACAAAAAACCUCAAGGGAUCACUGCAAGGGAUUACUCUGAUCUUAAAAGACUUCGGUCUCUUUUAAAUGUCCAGUCAAGCAAACAGCAGCUCCCAGCCAUUAACUUUGAAACUGCUCAAAAUAGUAUGACCAAGUCAGAACAAUACACCAACAAGACUAAUGGACAAAGAAGCCGAGGUCAAUGGCAAGAAUCAACUGAAGCUGUUGAACUUGAAAACUUUAGUGUGAACUACAGGAAUGAGAGAAAUUUUAGCAAGCAUGUUCAGCACAAACAGUUUCAAGAAAUCUUUACAGCUUUGGUUAAGAACAGACUUAUCUGCAGGGAGUGGGUUAACCGAGCCCCAUCCAUCCAUUUCCUGAGAGUACUAAUCUGUCUUAGAUUAUUAAUGAGGGAUCCAUGCUAUCAGGAAGUGCUCCAUAACCUGGGUGGGAUUGAAAAUCUAGCCCAGUAUAUGGAAACAGUAGCAAACGGAUAUCUUGGCUUUGGAGAAGAGCAGCAUAAUGUAGACAAAUUGGUCAACAUGACAUAUAUUUUUCAAAAACUCUCUGCUGUUAAAGAUCAAAGAGAAUGGGUUAUAGCCAGUGGAGCACAUAAAACUUUAGUAAAUUUGCUAGGAGCCAGAGACAGUAAUGUGCUGUUGGGUGCACUCCUUGCUCUUACUAGCUUAGCAGAAAGCCCAGAAUGUAGGGAGAAGAUCAGUGAGCUCGCCAUUGUAGAAAACUUGCUGGUGAUAUUACAUGAAUAUGACUUGCUAUCUAAAAGGCUGACUGCAGAGCUGCUACGCCUCCUCUGUGCCGAGUCACAAGUCAAAGAGCAAGUGAAACUGUAUGAAGGAGUUCCUAUCCUGCUCAGUUUGCUCCAUUCAGAUCAUCUCAAGCUUUUGUGGAGUGUAGUUUGGAUUCUGGUACAGAUUUGUGAAGAUCAUGAGACUAGUGUGGAAAUCCGUAUUUGGGGCGGUAUCAAGCAACUCCUUCAUAUAUUACAGGGAGAUAGAAAUCUAGUUUCUGAUCGUUCUUCUAUUGGGAGUUUAUCUAGUGCAAAUGCAGCAGGGAGAAUCCAACAGCUUCGUUUGUCAGAAGAUUUAAGUCCUCAAGAAAUACAAGAAAAUACUUUCUCCCUUCAAGCAGCUUGUUGUGCUGCAAUUACUGAACUGGUGCUCAAUGACACUAAUGCUCACCAAGUAGUACAGGAAAAUGGGGUAUAUACAAUAGCAAAACUGAUUUUACCAAACAAACAAAGGAAUGCAGUAAAAGCUAAUUUAUUACAGUGUUAUGCUUUCAGAGCCUUGAGGUUUCUCUUCAGUAUGGAAAGAAAUAGACAUCUCUUUAAAAGACUCUUCCCGACUGAUCUGUUUGAGAUCUUCAUUGAUAUUGGACAUUAUGUUCGUAAUAUCAGUGCCUAUGAAGAGCUGGUAUCAAAGCUAAAUUCAUUACUGGAGGAUGAACUGAAGCAAAUUGCUGAAAGUAUUGAAAGCAUUAAUCAGAAUAAAGCACCAUCAAAAUACAUAGGCAAUUAUGCGAUUUUAGAUCAUCUCGGCAGUGGAGCUUUUGGAAGUGUUUAUAAGGUUAGAAAACAUAGUGGCCAAAAUCUACUAGCAAUGAAAGAAGUCAAUUUACAUAAUCCAGCAUUUGGAAAGGACAAAAAAGACAGAGACAGCAGUGUAAAGAACAUUGUCUCUGAAUUAACAAUCAUUAAAGAACAGCUUUAUCAUCCCAAUGUUGUACGAUAUUACAGAACCUUCCUGGAAAAUGAUAGGCUCUACAUAGUAAUGGAGCUCAUAGAAGGGGCACCGCUGGGAGAACACUUUCAUUCUUUGAAGGAAAAGCAACAACAGUUUACAGAAGAUAGAAUAUGGAAUAUAUUUAUACAACUGUGUCUAGCUCUCCGUUACUUGCACAAGGAGAAGAGGAUUGUCCAUAGAGACCUCACUCCAAACAAUAUCAUGCUGGGGGAUAAAGACAAAGUAACAGUUACUGACUUUGGUCUUGCAAAGCAGAAGCAAGAAAACAGCAAACUCACAUCAGUUGUGGGAACUAUUCUCUACUCCUGUCCUGAAGUUGUAAAGAGUGAACCAUAUGGCGAGAAGGCUGAUGUCUGGGCUGCGGGGUGCAUUCUUUAUCAGAUGGCAACUCUGAAGCCACCUUUUUACAGCACCAAUAUGCUCUCCUUGGCAACUAAAAUAGUAGAGGCUAUGUAUGAACCAGUGCCAGAAGGAGUUUACUCUGAAAAAUUGUCAGUUACUAUUAAAAGGUGCUUGACUCCUGAUGCAGAGACUCGUCCAGACAUAGUAGAAGUCAGUUCAGUGAUAUCUGAUGUGAUGAUGAAAUAUUUGGAUGGAUUGUCCACCUCCCAAUUUGCUUUGGAGAAGAAGCUGGAGCGCGAGAGGAGACGCACCCAGAGAUAUUUCAUGGAGGCUAAUAAGAAUGCAGUGACAUGUCACCAACAGCUUGCCAUCUUAUCUCAUGAGCAUUCUGAGAAGUCAAGCCUCAGCAGCAGCAGCAGUGGAACAGCCAGUUUUAAAAGUGAAUUUUCAGAAACAACUGACAAUCCAACCGAAAACUUUCAUCCAACAUGUGGAAAAGAUGAAGACAGAAUAUGUGAUGAAAUCCUAUCAGAUGACAACUACACUUUAGAAAACUCUGAGAAAGAUGUCUUCUCUGAAUUAGAUGAUGAGCUGGACAUAUCAGAUAAUUCCAGCAGCUCCAGUUCAAGUCCUUUGAAAGAAUCUGCAUUUGGUAUAAUUAAACGAAGUUUCAGUGCUUCCGAAAGACCACCUCAGAUAAGAGAUUAUAUUGGAGGCCUAGGAUCAAGACCAAGACCAGCUUUGCUGCCUCUUGAUCUGCUUCUGAGAGUACCUACGCUCAUGUUCAGGGCCAACGUUAAGAAAAUAGAGGCAUCGUUAGUGACAGGGUGGCAGUCUUAUAGCCUUCCAGCUGUGGUUCUUCGCAACCUAAAAGAUCAUGCAUUAUCAUCUGCAGCAUCUGCAGGGAUUGCUGUGUCACAAAGGAAGGUGCGCCAGAUAAGUGACCCUAUUCAGCAGAUUCUAAUUCAGCUGCACAAAAUAAUCUACAUCACUCAGCUUCCUCCAGCUUUGCACUGCAACUUGAAAAGAAGAGUUAUUGAGAGAUUCAAGAAAUCUCUCUUCAGCCCACAGAGCAAUCCUUGUAACUUGAAACUGGAAGUUAAAAAGCUGCUCCAGGGUUCUCCUGAACUGAUUGAGCCCAACUUUUUUGCAGCAGAUUGCCAUUUAUUACUUCACUCUUCAGGGGGAAAUAUAUUGGCCUCAGAUGAUAGAACAGGCUUUCCUGGCAGUUUUGACAUGGAGGAAGGAAUGACAUAUGAACAGAUGCAGUCUGUGAUUGAAGAGGUUCUGGAGGAAAGUGGUUAUUACAAUUUCACUUCUAACAGGUACCACUACUAUCCGUGGGGAACAAAGAACCAUCCAACCAAAAGAUGAGAACUUGCAAAUCUGAACAGACUGGGUUUUUUUCUGAAGUCAAACUGCCCUUUCUUCAGCUAAUAUUGUGGAUCACCAAAGGGAUAAUAAGAUUUGCUCAAAAUAUAUGGAUGGGAAGGGAUUCCAAUGCUGAAACAAAUGGGAGACAGCUUUCAAAAGACCUCACGACUGAUGAACUUCAGUAUGAUACUUUUGUGGCAGCUUUGUUUACAGCAUAAACUUCUUGCACUGUACAAGGGGAAUUCUGUACAUACUAUUUGGGAAAAUGCUUCAAAGUUUGUGCAUUAGGAGAAAAACAUAAUUCCUGACAAUGAAUGCAUAUGUUCUAUUUUUUUAUUUUAUUUUUUUAAAGAAUUGUUGAAUACUCAGGUUUGCUGGAGCUAUAUUUUAAGGCUCAUAGUCAGGCUAUCUUUUAUAGCAAGAGAAAGAAAUCAAAAAGGGAAUGAGGCAGGAAAUAAAAUAUUUUUAGGUUCACUGCACCAGAAUUAGAAAUUAGAAAUUGAUUCAACUAUUAAAUGUUUAAAUGUAGCCAUUUGGAUAGUAGCAAUUUCUAAUGCUGGUAUAGCACUAAUUAAUAGUCAGUAUUUACAAC